CAUUUGACAGGGAAUGAUAGUGAAGGAAGCAAAUCAGUUUAUGGCAGUGAUGUAGAAAUUGUAACCAGACAAUCAGCUGCUUCAACAACAUCAACAGCAAGCAAUAAGGUAGGGCUUAAAAGUGCUAGUGUCAAACUAUUAAUAUCCUAUCCAAGGAGAGUUGCUGUACAUGUAUAUGCUUCAUUCUGCAAUUUCCGGAUACCUUGGACUCAUAUGCCCCUAUAAGCAUGAUUGUCAUUGAUUCUGAUGUAAACAUUAACCUUAUUAACCACUUGGCCUAAGGGCUGUUGCUGGGGGCUGGUAAUUUUCCCUGGCUACCAUGAGCAUGAACGCUGGGAUGUUACUAAGAUUUCAAUUUGCUAGGGAUAUGCAAUUAAUUAGUAGGUGGGAAGUGAACAGCUAGGAAGCUUUUUAUGUGCUUUUUUCUUUUGUUUUCUCUAAAAGUAGUGAGGGAUCUUGCUCAUAGUAACCAGGGGAGAAAAUCCGUGUGGCUCCUAGCCCUCAGUGACAACCUUGUCUGAACUCCUGCUACUUUCAAAGGAAACAAAAGACAAAUUAAGCCCAAAGAACCUCAUAUUUAACUUGCAACUUGAAACCUCAGUGCUAGUGCUGUUGACAUAUAUUCUCAAAAAAAGGUAGACUUUUUUCUGGAGAGGUGCGUUCUCCUAGUACUUCUACAGAAAGUAAAAAUCCAGAGGUGGACUUUUGGCUUUUUAUAACUUUUUGGGAGCAAAGUCCUUUUUAAUCCUUUCACUCGAAACUGCGAAACUGAAAUGUAAGAAAGAAAAUGAACUUUUAUGAUCAGAUAGAUUAUUUUUUUUUUAUGGUCACACCUCAGGAUUUGGCCUUGCAGACUCAAAAGGGAGAGUUGCAUUUCAUUUCUUCAUAAUUGACUGUGGAAACUAUUAAUGGUUAAUCUUGUUUGAUUCUUUGCAGAUUAAGUUUAAUUCAAUGGUGAAUUAUGAAUGGGAGCUUAAGUACUACAGAGGUUGUUUGAUAGCUGUUAGCAGCAAGUGUAUUGCCUAUGCUCUUAAAGGUACAUACUCCAUAAUAAUUCCAAUAUUAAUUUUAGGUUUUAUUCACUGUAUUGAAGUUUCUGUAUAUUGUUAUUUUGAUGCCUGCAAACAUUUCUGACAGGUCGUCAAGGAUAUGUGGUAAGGCUCUUGAACCCUGAAACAGCUUCUAGGACACUGAUUAAAGGAUUUGUUGGUACGAUCAGUGAGUUGGCCUUCAGUCACAGAGACUCUGACACUCUGGCUUGUGUUGAUGAGGGUGGUAAUGUCUACAUCUGGGUCAUCCAUGAGGAAAAUGGAAAACUUGAGUAUCCUGUUGAUGACAUGUUUACACCAAAAUAUUAUUUCAGUAUUAUCGUAAACUGAAUUAAAUUUGGAAAUUUUAUUAUUAACUAAUUGAAAAUUCUCUUGGAGAAAAUAUGGAUAGCUUUAAGCCCAUGCGGGAAGAGCGCAAAUGCAAAGAAUUUUGCUUACAAAUGAGGCAUGGAAAUUUGCUCGUGUUACAUAAUCAUGCAUAAGAGCCCUUUAGUCAAAUCCUGGAUCCUAGAAAACAAGAGUUUGAGGUAUUUUUUGAUGACCUUGACCCUGUCCUAAGAUACUCAGUAAAACUUCACAUUAAACGUCCUGCUGGCACUCUCUGUGAACAUCACAGAUUGGUAUGGACUCCAUAUAUGGUGGAUACUGAGGAGCAAGAAAGAAACACUGAACCUUCAGGACCAUUAGCUAUCACACAUAAUAACCAGGUAAAAAAUACGGAUCACAUACAUUUGAACUUGAUAAAAACUUAACGUUUAAAUUACAGACAACUGUACCUGAUCAGGACACUUUUUUUCACAUUGGAGAAAAAGCACCAGUGACACUGUCAUCAAAUGUCGUUAAUAAUUCAGAGAACAAACCAGUUCACACACCUCCCCCCUUCCCUCUAUUCUAAGUUAGGGUGUUUGUUGUUUGCUACAGGUUAGUUCGAACAGCAACACAAUUUUAUAUUCAGGGGGCGGAGGAAGGAAAGUGUUAUUUUCUCCUUUUGAAGUUGGCAGAAUGUCAGAAAGGCCCUUCAGUGAGGAAAAGGUUUAAAGAGCGGUGUUUCAGUGAAAGUGUCAUAUCCUUCCCAUUAGAAUAUCAUUUUUGUCCCGAAAAGGUUUUUUUGUAUCAUUAUAUUUUCACAUUGGUUCUUUUAAGCUACCUGGCAACACAGAUAAUGGAAAGGAGACAUCAUGAUCUUGCUUUUUCUAGGUGGAAGUGAUAGACAUUGACACUCUGUCUCAAUGGUGUGAACGAACAGAAGUAGCUGUUGAUGAGAUAAGGCAAGGUGAAGGGUAUUUGGAAAUCACCGAUGGGCACACAAAGGUAGAGUAAUGUGUUCAAUUGAAAUUCUGGUUUAACCUGAGAAUGGAUUUUACCUUUACAUUUUAAGGCUUCUUCACUUUAGACAAAAUGUUUUUUAUGCGCUAGAUAAAAUAUGAGUAGAGAUAUGUAUGCCUGUGAGCUUUUACAGUGAUAAGCCAAAGGCAAGCAAUUGUAUAACCCAUACAGAUCUGACACAAAUAUUUUUAUCAUACUUGGGAAAUGAAACACUCAGUAUCAAAUGUAAAUUGUACUGCUUAAUAUUAAUUCAUUCAUUAAUCCAGUUGUCGAUUCUUGAGGUGUAAAUGUGACUCAAAUACUACCUAUGGACUGAUCAUAACUUUGUUGAAUGAUAAAUGAAUUCGACUUCUUAAUUUAAAUUUAUCGUAGCAAAUCACGGAGGGUGCUUUAUCUCCUGAUGGAUCAGUACUCGCAACAGCCAGCGAAGAUGGCUUCAUCAAAUUUUGGCAAUUGUCUGACAAAGUAGAGUGUAUGCAUGAAUUUCAACCACACAAUGGCUUACCAUUGUCAUGUAUGGUGUUCACUGAUAAUCAGUUGUCACAAGAUAAAGAGUAA